GUCGCUGGCUACAUCCUGCCAGAUCCAGUAGUGUUCCACACGUGUGCCACCUGGAAUGAGGUUGAGUUGUGUAUUGUGAAUGUAAUUAUUUAUUUACUUGUAGGAUUUACAAAUGCAUUACUGUCGUCGGCAUUUAAGUUGUGAACACGUUUAAAAAACAAAAGGUAUAUUUAACUGCAGAUCUGGUUGGUUGUUUGUUAGCUCCCAAGCAAGCUUGGUAUAGCUAACUUCAGCUAGGUAUUUAACUAGUUCCCUAUACAUCUUAUCGUUCGUUCCUCACAAACAAAAUGUUAUCAGACUUUGGUCUAAUUGGUACCCUCCAUGACGACGACGAAAUACCAGAAGAUCCCGAUUCGGCAUCUGACGUGGAAACUGAGCAGCCUAUUGUAUUAGGACGCGAGAAGAAAGCGUUGAAAGGACGUAGUAAUGAGUUCAGUUCUGGCUUCGAGUUUGGAGAAAGAGAUGGACUCUACAGUGCUGACUGGGCCAUGGCAGACGUUCUGGCUCAGCUCAAGAAGAGGAAAGCACCUACCACCCUUGAUGAGAAAAUUGAAAAAGUGCGCAAAAAGAGGAAAAUUGAGGAGAAAGCGUUGAAGGGGGGAAAAACAUCACAGACCUCUGAUGAUACAAAACAAUCAGAGGAGAAUGGAGAUGGUGAUAUUAAAGAAGAUGAGGAUGAUGAAAAUGCAGAUGACGAAGAGGAUGACGACGAGGAGGAUGAUGAUGAUGGCGAUGAGAAAGAAGAAGGUGUUGAUGAAAAAGAAGAAGCUGGAGAUGAUGCUGGAGAUGAUGCUGAAGCAUCGGAUGACUAUGAGGAAGAAGAGUUCUCCUCAGCAGACGAAGAGGUUCUCAAAAAAGCAGAUACUUUGAGGGAGAAGGCUGCCAAAGGCAAGAAGAAGGCAGGAGAUGAGUCCUCUGACACAUUUUUCGAGGAUGCCUCCAACUAUGAUGAAAGCCUAACCUUCCAGGACAUGAACCUCUCCAGACCCAUACUGAAGGCCAUCACAACCAUGGGCUUCAAGCAGCCCACCCCCAUCCAGAAGGCCUGUGUGCCCAUUGGGCUGAUGGGAAAGGACAUCUGUGCCUGUGCUGCCACUGGCACCGGUAAGACGGCAGCAUUCAUGCUGCCCGUUCUGGAGCGACUCCUGUACAAGCCCAAGCAGGCCCAGGUGACCCGUGUCCUGGUCCUCGUGCCAACCAGAGAGCUGGGCAUCCAGGUCCACUCUGUGGCACGUCAAUUGGCACAGUUCACCACUGUCGCCACCUGCCUCGCUGUGGGUGGCUUGGACCUGAAGUCCCAGGAGGCGGCGUUGCGCAAUGGGCCCGACGUCCUCAUCGCCACACCAGGCCGCUUGAUUGACCACUUGCACAACACGCCCUCGUUCGAGCUCAGCCAGAUCGAGAUCCUCAUCCUCGACGAAGCUGACAGGAUGCUGGAUGAGUACUUUGAGGAGCAGAUGAAGGAGAUCAUCAGGAUGUGUUCCUACCAGAGACAGACCAUGCUCUUCUCAGCCACCAUGAGUGAAGAGGUGAAAGACCUGGCCACAGUGUCCCUGAAGCAGCCAGUGAGGAUCUUUGUGAACAGUAACACGGAUGUGGCGCCCUACCUCAGGCAAGAGUUUGUGAGGGUUCGGCCCGCGAGAGAAGGCGACCGGGAGGCCAUUGUGGCAGCCCUGCUGACCAGGACCUUCCAGGACCAUGUGAUGUUAUUCACGCAGACCAAGAAGCAGGCCCACCGCAUGCACAUCCUGCUGGGCCUCAUUGGCCUGAAGGUGGGCGAGCUCCACGGCAACCUCUCCCAGACCCAGCGAUUGGAGAGUCUCAGGCGGUUUAAAGAUGAACAGAUUGAUAUCCUGGUGGCCACAGAUGUAGCUGCUAGAGGUCUUGACAUUGAUGGAGUCAAAACAGUCAUUAACUUCACGAUGCCCAACACGGUGAAGCACUACGUGCACAGGGUGGGCCGUACGGCGCGAGCGGGCAAAGUGGGCCGCUCCGUGUCCCUGGUGGGCGAGACAGAGAGGAAAAUGCUGAAGGAGAUCGUCAAGAAGGCCAAAACGGCCGUCAAGGCCCGCGUGCUUCCUCAAGAGGUGAUCCUGAAGUUCAGGGAUUUGAUUGACAAGCUGGAGAAGGAUGUGUACGCCGUGAUGCGUCUGGAGAGGGAGGAGCGAGAGAUGUCCCACUCAGAGGCACAGAUCAACUCCGCCCAGAAGAAGCUGACCCAGACCUCUGACGAUAUGCCCAGGACCUGGUUCCAAACCAACCAGGAAAGGAAGAGCGAUCGCAUGACAAAAGCCCUGCAGGAGUUCGACUUGGCCCUGAGGGGGACGAAGAAACGGCAGAAGUUUCUGAAAGAUGGCAAGAAGAAAGAGCUGACGGCAGAGGACAGGGCUCAGUUUGAGAUCCUGAAGUCGCAGAUGUACGCCGAGAGGACCGCCAAGCGUGACCGCAGACCAAAGCGAGCCCGGGCCAUGCCAGAAGAUGAGCCGCUCCAAAAAGCAAAGAAGAGUGGAAAACCUGGAAUGAAGUCGGUGUUUGAUAAGGAGCUGACCAACACGAGCAAGAAGGCCUUGAAGCAGUACAGAGCUGGGCCAUCAUUUGAAGACAAGAAGAGACUGGGGCUAUCAACAAAGAAAGGGGGUGGUUUCAAAUCCAAAACAAGAUACAAGAGAAAGUAGAGACAUUCUCUUCUGGUCGAUGGUGAAGAGAACAAAACGGAAAUUGAAAGUUUAUGGGUGUGGACACUUAGACGUGGACAUUACAAAUGAUUGGUUCUCAGUUGUUUUUAUUGCAAUAAGAAAGCUUAUUCCUCCUUUUGUGAAUAUACCAUGAACACAACUGGUACCACAACUUUAUUAGACUCUUAAUGACUUUUAUGAUGCAUAAAACCAUAUCUAUAUGACCCACUUGAUAAAGUCUCUGUCUGUCAAUGUUGCAAGGAGGAAUAAUACAAUGUAUUUUUGUUGACAGACCAGUGUCUAGUAUUUGUCAAAACGGCAUGUAAAUAAACACGAACAGUAUCAGA